AUGCCAAGCUUCAUUUCUGAUUUGGCGAAAGCCCUGCGAAAGACGCGUAUCGAUGGAGAAAGGGACCGACCCGAUGCUCGGUCAGGCAAGGAAAGCGACUUUCGUCCGCCAAAAUUGCCCCCCAAAGCGGCAUCACACGGUGGAUCAGAAUGGUCGACUGGGAUGCCUAGCGUCGAGUCUCCACUUCGGCCGGUCCAUGCGGGUGUAGGUCGGAGCGGCGAUCAAGAGACACAUGCGCUGCUGCCUAGACCACCGCUGCUGCUUGAUCGGCGCAUCUCGCAGCAUUCCAUACCCUCGACAUCUUCCAGUAUGCCCAUCCGCUUUCCGCAGCCCACUGCUUAUAGCUCAGCAACGCAUCAACCCACGUUGCCCGACUUCUCACCCGCUGCUGGAGUCAGUCUGAAUGGACACGGACACGCUGCGUACAACUCGCCCAUCCUGGGCACUGCGCAUGGUAGACUGGCAUUUCCUAAUCCAUGGGAUGGUGUCGAUGUCUCCAACAGUCGGCCAGAUCGUAACAUCAAUGCGCCACACCCAACUGUGCUCCAUCCAGCCGGGCCUCAUCCUAUUUCGCAAUCCGACUUUCUACAGCCAGGUCUCGCCGGCCCGAGCUCGGGCAAGACUGCAUUGUCAAUUCCUGACCGCAAUGAAAAGCUUGCCUGCCCUUCCGGUGCGAACACGGACGCUGGGCCUGUCCUCAAGGGCUUUGCUGGACAAUGUGCAGGUAUUCGUAAGGAUGGUCAGAGAUGCACCAGGAGAGUGGGCCAAGUUCGAACGUCGUUGAUUGGGACUGCCACGCCACCCUCCAAGCAGUCUAGCGGCCGAACGAGUGCCAGCAGGUCGAGAACGCAGAGCGCGUCGCCUGUCAAGCGGACCGGAGAUGAGCGCGAUGCAAAGACGGGAAGACAAGAUGCGCCCAUCGUCAUUUCGGAUUCUGAAUCCGAACUGGACACUUUGCCGAGCUGUGGGCUACAGCGCACGAAGAAGGAUGUAGAAAGAGAUUUGUAUCGAGCAGAAUUCUGUCAUCAGCACGUCAAGGAGAUCAACAAGGCUACUGGUAUACACCUCUUCGUUCCAGACCCUCUUUGCACGUCGGCAUCUCGAACAACUUUCAUUCCCUUUUCGCUUUACAUUCCAGAGGUGCAUCCGUCGGCAACAUCCGCAUCGGCAUCCUCUGCAAACUUCAAAGUCCACGCUUCGACAUCGGCCAAGAUCAGAGCGAUCAUGGGAGGACCAAUGUCCGCUUCGGACAUGGGGGAGAGGGGUUACGUGUACAUCUAUUCCCUCAGAGAUAGGGAUACGAGAGACAAGUAUUGCUUCAAAGUCGGCAGAGCGGCGAGAGUGUUUGAAAGGAUCGGUCAGUGGAGAGAGCAAUGCGGAAGCAAGGAUCCAGGUUAGCAGCUGCUUCGCGAAACGAAGCAUUGAAGCGCGGUAUCUUCGGAGCUGAUAGUGACACGCCAUUGUCUGACUCAUCCAUUCACAAUUUCGCCCAUGAAUCUUCUUCGCUCAGUCUUGAGAGCGUUCUUUCCGAGCGACGCAUCUCAAGGCGUCAUUUCUGGCGCUUCAGCACCUACGCAACAAGGCAUUCAUGGCAGCCACAUGGUGCGUCAAAGCUUUGCCUCGCAGCGUACGGGUACCUCGAAAGGAAUACUCACGAGCUGACAGAGGAAUGCUCCACGCACAACAUCUUCAUGGCAGUGGGAACAUCUCGUACACCUUUCGCUCUUGCAGCUGCACGGCUGCACAAAGCUAUCAGAGUCGUGCAAAGAUUGCGGAACGAAGCAUAGAGAAAUCUUUAUGGUUCCCAAGAAAUGUCUUGUGGACUCGUGCGAUGCGGUCAGAGGAGGUGCGAACAGAGCUGGAGCGGUACUUGACGGCUUUGAAAAGGUCUGUACUCUUGUGGAGAGGUGGAGAGGCUUUGUUGAGAAGGUGUGCAUGGCUCAGGCUGGCGAUGAUGCGUAG